CACACAGGAACUCCAGCACACCGUGCCUGACACUCUCCAGCUAUGGCAACUAAAUGGGGCAUUUGUUCAACAGGGAGAAUCAGCAAUGACUUUGUGGUGGCUCUCAGUACUUUGCCGGCUGUCGACCAUCAGGUAGUGGCAGUAGCAGCGCGGGAUCUGGAGAAAGCAAAGAACUUUGCCCAAAUCCACAAUAUCCCUAAAGCGUAUGGUUCAUAUGAGGAGCUUGCCAAGGAUCCAGAUAUUGAUGUUAUUUAUGUUGGUGCCAUCCAUCCAGUCCAUCGUGACGUGGUACUGAUGUGCCUACAGAAUGGGAAGAACGUAUUGUGUGAAAAGCCACUGGCUAUGAAUUCAGCUCAAGUCCGGGAACUUAUUGCAGCUGCCAGGAAAUUCAAUGUAUUCCUUAUGGAGGCAUUUUGGAGCCGUUUUUUCCCUGUGUAUGAAGAAAUCCGUACUCUCUUAUCCCAGAAGGCUAUUGGAGAUGUGAAAUUCAUUAGGGCAGAGUUUGGCACACCAAUCUAUACUGUUCCACGAGCCGUUGAGAAGGAACUCGGUGGGGGGGCCCUCCUGGACAUUGGCUGUUACUGUGUGCAGUUUGUAACAAUGGUAUUCAAUGGAGAGAAACCAGAGUCUGUGACGGCUAGGGGGUUUCUGCAUGAGACCGGAGUGGAUGAAACAAUAAGCAUUAUCCUUGAGUAUUCUGGGAAACGCCAGGCCAUCCUUUCCUCCACCAUCAUGGCGGCAUUGCCGAACCAAACUGCUAUCUGCGGUACCAAAGGCAUUAUCCAGAUUCCAUCAUUCAUGUGGAGCCCAACUUCAGUCAUUGUUAAUGGGAAAGAAACUAAAUUUGACGUUCCACAUACAACAGAGCCAAUGAAUUUUUCUAACGGCACAGGGAUGAGCUAUGAAGCAGAACACGUGCGCCAGUGUCUUUUAAAAGGGUUAAAGGAAAGUCCAAUAAUGAGCUUAGCAGAUAGUGAAAUGAUAGCCACCAUCAUGGAUGAAGCUCUCGAACAACUAGGUGUUAUGUAUCCAUAGAAAUCAACACAAGGCAUUGGACAAAAUAUUGGUUUCUAAUCUUCGGGCAGACUGAAAUUAAUUAUGAUAAACAAAUUACAAAGUUUCUAUGGAAGAAUCAUCCCUAAGUAAAAUGAUUUUGCACCUCUU